UCAAAAAUGGCAGAUCAUGAUCAAUCACUUUCUCUGCAAGAAUUACCCCCUCAUUUGAUUAUAGAGAUUCUGAAUUCUAAUCGACUGAGUGGAACUGAUCUUGCUUUUCUAGAGCAAUCAUGUAAGACUUUCGGAGGGAGAAGCAUUCAUGGGCUAUUCCCUCCCAAUUUUCGAUCUAUGGUUGAUUUCGCUGCCUUUCAGCUCUGUAGCUUAAAUCCACUAUUUGCUUCUCUCCCUUCUAAUGCUUCAAACGAGCUCUUUAAUCGUUGUGGCGCGAAUUGGAAGCGCGUGCUGAGGUUCUUGCAGUCAAUUAAACAGUCAUCCAACAUGGCUGAGACCUCUUCAGGCAAUAUGCAGAUUACCACAGGAAGAUACCACACACUAUUGAUCAAAGACUCCUCUGUUUAUUGUUGUGGGUUCAACCCAUAUGGUGUUCUUGCACAAGGUCAUGGUAUACCAUUCUGCAAUGCAUUGACCCAAAUAAAUUUCCCAAUUUCAUCUAUUAAGGUAAGCCAUAUCUCAGCUUCUCAUAACCAUGCAGCUUUUGUGAUGAAAUCUAGAGAGGUUUUCACUUGUGGAAGCAAUUCAUAUUCUUGUUGUGGUCAUGGAGAAGAAGUAGGUCAAUCAAUUUUCAGGCCUAAGCUUGUUGAAGCUUUGAAGGAAGUUCCUUGUAAGCAGGUUGCUACAGGGGGUAGUUUUACUCUGUUUCUUACUGAAAAAGGUCAAGUUUAUACAUGUGGGAUCAACACUCAUGGACAGCUUGGUCAUGGUGAUACAGUAGCUGAACCCAUACCUAAACUUGUUCAUGAGGAAGACAUGGGAUGUGUGGUUCAGAUUGCUGCUGGUCCAAGUUUCUCUUUAGCUGUUACUGAUGAUGGGAAGGUUUACUCAUUUGGUUCAGGUUCUAAUUUCUGUUUAGGUCAUGGACAACAACAAAAUGAGCUUCAACCUCGCGAAAUCGAGGCAUUUAAUGGUGUUCAUGUAGUCAGUGUUGCUGCUGCAGAUGAACAUGUAGUGGGACUUGAUUCUAGUGGGUUUGUGUAUACAUGGGGUAAUGGUUACUGUGGUGCAUUAGGCCAUGGAGAUGAGAGUGACAUGAUGACUCCAGAGUUAGUGCACAGCCUUAAGGGUCACCUUGCUGUACAGGUUUGUGCAAGGAAGAGAAAAACCCUUGUUCUUGUGGAUGAUGGUUCAGUUUAUGGGUUUGGGUGGAUGGGGUUUGGGAGUUUAGGGUUUUCUGAUAAGGGUAGCUCUGAUAAAGUUUUGAAGUCUCAAGUGGUUGAGAGCUUAAGAGGUCACCAUGUUUGUCAAAUAAGCACUGGAAUGUACCACACUGUUGUAGUCACCAAUAAGGGCAUUGUUUUAGGGUUUGGAGACAAUGAGAGAACACAACUUGGGCAUGGUUCAUUGAAAGGAUUCCUCAAUCCAAUUGACAUCAUAGUCCCAGAAAAAGAUCCUUAUUGACUUGUUACAGAAAGCAAGAAGGUGAUUUGGCAAGUUCAGUAAUUUUUCAUUACUUUACAU